GCCAUGAAUUCAAACUAAUAAAAACACUCAUCACUUCAUCAAUAACCCAACCCUCAAAAAGCCCAUAUCCAUGGCUACGUUUUCUCCUCCUCCUCUACCUACAUCUUUCUCUGUCAGACCACACUUAACCCACAAUUCAACUCUUUCUCUCCCUUUCAAGAGACCCUUUCUUCUACUAUCCACUAUUCCCAAGUCUUUACCAGACAAUGAAGUUGGGUUUUCAGCUUCUGUUGCUGCUGUCGAAGACCCAGCAUCCAACCAGAUUGAAAACGCCGUGGAGGCCUCUGCUGGGUCUAACGGAGCGGCUAUGACCACCUCGGCUGCAGAUGCUGAGGUUUUGAGCAAGUUUGAGGACCCUAGGUGGAUUGGAGGCACUUGGGACUUGCAACAGUUUGCAAAAGAUGGAACCCCUGACUGGGAUGCUGUUAUUGAUGCUGAGGUCAGGAGAAGAAAAUGGCUCCAGGAUAAUCCAGAAACCACCAGUAAUGAAGACCCUGUAGUGUUUGAUACAUCCAUCAUUCCUUGGUGGGCAUGGAUGAAGAGAUUCCAUCUACCUGAAGCUGAAUUGCUCAAUGGCCGGGCAGCAAUGAUAGGGUUCUUCAUGGCUUACCUUGUGGAUAGCUUGACUGGAGUAGGUCUGGUUGACCAAAUGGGCAACUUCUUUUCCAAAACUCUGUUGUUUGUAGCAGUUGUGGGAGUGCUUUUAAUCAGGAAGAAUGAGGAUUUAGAUAACAUCAAGAAACUGAUUGAAGAGACCACCUUUUCUGACAAGCAAUGGCAAGCGACAUGGCAGGAUGACAACAAUGGUUCCAAUAGUAACUAGUUCAAUUGGAAUUCUCUGUCUUUUUAACAAUCCUGUAGUUGUAGUUUUCCCCUAUUUGUGAGUAAGCAAGGAUCGAAAUUUGAAUAGGUUAUUAAGUUGUAAUCUUGAACUGUUAUGAGCAUUAUUUUAAGUAUCAAUGCAAUGCUUAAUAUAUGAAGAUUCCAGUUGAUGUUUCUAA